AUGGUAACACAUGUAGUGGAACCAAUUGCUGAAAACCUAAACCAUUCAGGCCAACGAAAGCAAGAGAUUGAACUCAGGCUUAAGCAACUCAAUAAGCAGGCUCUUAAAUCCAUCGAGAGUUCAAGUGGAGAAAUAAUAGAUUGCAUAUCUAUCACAAAGCAACCAGCUUUUGAUCAUCCAAUUCUCAAAAACCAUACGAUUCAGAUGAAACCUAGUUCCUAUCCACACGAGGUUUUCACUGAAGAUGAUGAUGCAUCAACACCAAACAACCAUGAAGAACAGCCCGAAGAUAUAGCUCAGCCUUGGCACUUGGCUGGAGAUUGUCCGGAAAACACUAUUCCCAUCAAAAGAAUAACAAAAGAAGAUCUUUUAAGAGUAGAUUACAUUCAAACUUACGGAAAAAAAGAUUGUUGCUCGAACAUCUCUCAGCGUCAUCGAUUAUAUGAUCACCCAACUGCUAUCAAAGAUGAUAACGACCAUGAGUAUGCGAUCACAUAUGUUAAAAAUGGUGCAAUUCGCGGAGCUAAAGCACAAAUAAACGUAUGGAAACCGUAUAUCGAAAAUGUAGAAGAAGUCAGUAUAUCACAAAUAUGGGUCUUAGGAGGCAAAUUUGGUCCUGGUUUGAAUACUCUAGAAGCUGGUUCGCAUGAUCCAAAAACAGGAAAUUGGUGGUUGCAAUUGAACGAGAAAGAAUUGAUAGGAUAUUGGCCAAAGGAACUAUUCCCAAAGCUAGCAGACUCGGCCAACAUCAUAGAGUGGGGAGGUGAAGUAGUGAACAAGAAGAAAAAUGGACAACACACUGCCACCCAAAUGGGAAGUGGACACUUUCCAAGUGAAGGUUUUGGAAAGUCAAGUCAUUUUAAGGCCGUCAAGAUAAUUGAUAUGUCUAAUGGUAUAAGAGACCCGGUCAAAGUUCAAACAAUAGUGAGUCGACCUACUUGUUACAAUCUCAAGACUGGUUAUAGUAAGUCAUGGGGAGUUUUCUUUUACUAUGGUGGUCCUGGUCGUAACUCUGCAUGUCAUUAG